UUUCAUUAGAUUUAUGUAAAUAAAUAGUUGUUUAACUUCAGAUGAUAAAUACUCUGAAUUUAAUAUAGAAAUGGAAGCGGCUCAAAUAGCAUCUAGAAUUAUUGAAAAAGUUCUUUAAAAAUCAAAUGUCAAAUCUGAUUAAAGACUUUUAGUGAAACAAUAAAAUUUUAGAUCAAGUGAUUAUAAACCUAAGCCACAAGAAAUUUAAUCAUUUAGAAAAGGAACCACCUCUAUUACAGAACGUUAUGAACUUAAUUUAGAAUAAAAUUUCAAUUAAAUCAAUUCCUUAAAGAAUUAUUAUGCUUCAGAAAAUAACUUAAUUGAAACUAUAAAAACACAUUAAAGAUCAUAGUUAAAAUCUGCAUCUACAGGCAUAUAAGACAUCUAUUAAAAAACUGUUAAAUUAAAUGGUAACAAUUUUUAUGUUCCUGAACAUUAAUCAUAAUCUACUACUGAUAAGUUAGAUAGUACUAAAUUAAUUAAAUUAACGUAUGAAAUCAAUAUUAUUUAUUAUAGUAAUAGUGUCAAUACUAUAAUAAAUAAGAAAUCUGAUCAAUUGUUAAAACUUAGAAGAAUAGAUAGUAAUACACAAUUUGAAUUCCAAUCUAUUGCAAAACUUAAUUAAUUAUAAACUCCUGUUAAGUCUAAUUAAGAAGACAUAGUUUCAUAAUUAUUAGGUAGUUUGCCUAAAAAUAAAAAAUACUAUGAUAAUAAAAACUCAGUUAAAAAAUGA